UUUUUUUUACCAAUCCAGACGCUGGUUCAGGGUUGCACCUGUUCUCACGCACCGUCCUUUGCUCCGUGGUUUGGGGUGGGUCCCAGUCCAAAAAGGGAACAGCAGGAGCUAAAGCAAACUACUGGAAAUGUGGAACUUUUUCAUUUUCAGUAUUGUCCUUCAGGAACUUGGGUGCAAGAGGAAAUAAUUUUCUUUUCUUUUUCUUUUUACUUUCCAUGCUUUUUGGAUUACCUAUGAUCUUUUUUUCCAAUAAAAGGACAAAGAUAACUGUUCCUGCUGUAUACUUCUGUAUACUUAAUCCACCUGGAGGUUGGGUGGUGCUAUUCAACCAGAAGCUCCAACAUCGACAUGGCUCCCACAGCAGUGAUGGCUUGGGGUUGUCUUGGCGCCUGUCCAGUUUUGGACUAGAGGCCUGCUGAGUGCCAAGGGAGAGUGUCCUAUCCACGAAGACACACUCACUGUCACACUAAUCACGCUAAACUCUCCGCACCCCUUCUGUGUCUGAAGCAUCAGAAUAGCUGUGUGAGGAAAAUGGCAAGUCACAGAGACCCUCGCUUUCUGCACAACCUGUCCUACCACCCACGAUGGCAGCACGACUCCAUAAAAGUGAAGAGAAAAGGACAUGUGCGGCCAGUGGCUGCAAACAGUUGCAGUGGAUAUAGUUUGUUUAAAUCAUUAGCAGCUUUAUCAUCAAAACCACAGUUGCCAUCAUCCUGUGUGCAACGCUCCAGGAGCUGGUGUUGGAACUGGCUUCUUCUACCAUUUUUCAUGCUCUCAUUUCUGCCCUGUCAAGCCUGGGCGAUCACUUUCAAGGUGGUCCUGGUUGGACCCUGGACGUGUGACAUCUUAUACUCCAAAGCCCUCCCUGACUUGGCAGCCAGCCUUGCUACAGCCCGCAUAAACAAGGACCCCUACCUGAACAAAGGCUACUGGUAUGACUACACGCUGAUCAGUGAGGACUGCAAGUCAUCCCGUGCUCUAGUUCGCUUUCCUGAGCUGAAAGGUUAUGGUGCUGCUUUCCUGGGCCCUGCCAACCCAGGCUACUGCUCCUCAGCUGCUUUGUAUGCAAAAGAGUGGGACGUUGGGAUUCUUUCUUGGGGUUGCCUCAAACCCAACAUGAAUGAAGGAGGGAUGUAUUCCACCUUCCUGCGGCCGCUGCCACUGUCCUCCCGUGUACUUUUUGCUGUGUUGCGGUACUUUAGUUGGGCCCAUGUGGCCAUAAUCUCAGAGGAGACAGAUUUGUGGGAAGCCACAGGACAGGAGCUGGCCUCAUCACUGAGGGCCCUUGGCCUGCCUGUCAACCCUGUGGUUACUAUGGAGUCCGACAAAGAUGGGCCUCAGAGAGCCUUGACAGCAGUGCGGGAAACAGACCGGGUCAGAGUGGUCAUUAUGUGCAUGCCUUCUGUUCUGAUUGGUGGCCAAGCCCAGUACCAGCUUCUGACAACAGCCUUGUCCAUGCGUAUGAUCGACCGUGGCUACGUGUUCAUCCCUUACGACACCCUCCUCUACUCACUCCCGUACAAUGAUGCAGCCUACUAUUCGCUAGGCAAUGACACCAAGCUGCGGAAAGCCUAUGAUGGGGUCCUCACCAUCACUGUGGACUCUGGAGAACGCAAUUUCUAUGAGGCCUUCAAAGACGCUCAAGACAGCUUUGAAAUCCGCAGCAGCACCCCACCAGAGCAGGUUUCUCCAUUCUUUGGCACCAUCUACAACAUGAUAUACUACACAGCUAUGGCUGCUGAGCAGGCCCGCACCAAUGAAGGCCGCUGGGUAACAGGUAAAAUCCUGGGUGACAGCAAGGGCGGCUUUGAAUUUGAUGGCUUUAAUCAGCACUUAGAGGAUGGCAAGAACGGUGAAGGCAUGCAAGCUCGCUAUGUAGUGCUGGACUACAGUGGCUAUGGCAACUCUCUCUACUCCACACAUGCUCUGGAGGCCGCUCAUACAUAUGGCAGUUUUGGUGGCUUGAAAUACCUUGGACGUUCGAUCCAUUUUGCAGGCAGCACGCCCUACACAGACUCAAUGUGCUGGUUUAGCCCAUACUUUGCCUGUAAUGGAGGACUGGAUGCAUUCACUCUCUUCUUUCUUUUCAUUUUGUUCAUUGCAUUGGUUGGAUGUGGAGUUUACAUCUUUCUUCAUUUUAAGAGAUCUGGCAAGGUUGGGUUUAGCUUUGGAGGUGGUGGUGGAUCAACGAAGGUAGUCCUGACUCUGGACGACCUGGUCUUCAUCAACACUCAAAUCAGCAAACGGAAGCUCAAUGACGAAAGUAUCCUGAAAAGCCAGCUCGAGAAGACGCCUAACCACUCAGUGUCUUGUCGCAGCUACUUGGCCGCCUCACCAGAAAGCUCCAAUAUUGCUGUGUUUGAGGGUGACUUGGUUUGGUUGAAGAAAUGCCCAAAUGGAGCUGUCUCAGGUGUCAACAGCAAAACUGAGUUUGUCUUUAUCACGCUCAGGGACAUGAGGCACGAGAACCUCAAUCUGUUCCUGGGAAUGUUCUUCGACUCUGGGAUCUUUGCUAUUGUGACCGAACACUGCUCCAGGGGCAGCUUGGAGAAUCUGCUCAACAAUGAGGAAGUGCGUCUUGACUGGAUGUUCAAGUCUUCCCUAUUAAUGGAUCUGAUCCGGGGAAUGAAGUACCUGCACCAUCGUGACGUCAUCCAUGGACGACUCAAAUCCCGUAACUGUGUUGUAGACGGGCGCUUUGUAUUGAAGGUGACAGAUUAUGGGUUCAAUGAAAUUUUGAUUGCCCAAAACAUUGGCACUGAAGGGGAAAAGCCAGAGGAUCUGCUUUGGACGGCUCCUGAGCUGCUGAGAAGCUCCAGUCUGAGGAAGAGGGGCACUUUCUUUGGAGAUGUCUACAGCUUCUCCAUCAUCGCGCAGGAAGUCAUCUCUCGCUCUACACCUUUCUGCAUGCUGGACAUGCCUCCUAAGGAGAUUAUCAGCAAAGUCAAAGAGCCUCCUCCAUUGUGUCGGCCUGUCGUGUCAGUGGACGAGGCCCCGGUGGACGUGAUACAGAUUAUAAAACAGUCCUGGAGUGAAGAUCCAGAGAAGAGGCCGACCUUUGAGGAGAUCUUCAAACAGUUCAAGGAAAUCACCAAGGGAAAGAAGACCAACAUCAUCGACUCUAUGCUGCGCAUGUUGGAACAGUACUCCUCCAACUUGGAAGAUCUGAUUAGAGAGAGGACAGAGGAGCUUGAGGUGGAGAGGCAGAAAACUGACAAUCUGGUGGCUCAGAUGUUGCCAAAGUCUGUGGCCCAGGCGCUGAAGACAGGCAAGCCCGUCAAACCCGAGCAUUUCAGCGAGAUCACGUUGUACUUCAGUGACAUCGUGGGCUUCACCACCAUCUCAGCUCUCAGCGAUCCCAUCGAGGUGGUCGACUUACUCAACGACCUUUACUCACUCUUUGAUGCUAUCAUUGGACUGCAUGAUGUCUACAAGGUGGAAACUAUCGGAGAUGCCUACAUGGUAGCCUCAGGAGUCCCCACUAGGAACGGCAACCGCCAUGCAGCUGAGAUGGCCAACCUGUCUCUUGACAUUCUCCACUGCAUUGGGACCUUCAAGAUGAGGCAUAUGCCUGACCUGAAAGUCAGGAUUCGUAUUGGCCUGCACUCUGGUCCAGUGGUAGCAGGGGUAGUGGGUCUUACGAUGCCUCGGUACUGUCUGUUUGGAGACACUGUCAACACAGCAUCUCGAAUGGAGUCCACAUCGUUGCCUUUCAGAAUCCACGUCAACCAAAGAACAGUUGCCAUCCUGAACAGCUUGGAGAUGGGAUACAAAAUUCAAACCAGAGGCCUGACAGAAUUAAAGGGAAAAGGGAUUGAGUACACAUAUUGGUUGGUUGGGAAGGAUGAUUUCAACAAGCACCUGCCCAUUCCUCCAGACCUUCAAGGGGGAACCAGUCAUGAUAUCUCUGUAGAAGAGUUACCUGUUGACAGAAGACAAAAAUUCCUGGAUCGACAGAAGAAGAUGGGCUAGGGUUUUGUAUUUUUUUUUUUUUACUGAUGUCCAUGGUUGAAAAUCGAUAUUUUCUAGAUCAACAUUGUUUUUCAGUAAAAAAAAAAAAAAUACAGAGAGAUGUGUGAUGGAAAAGUUGAACAUGCAACGACAAUCAUCGUCAUCAUAAUUUGUGCUACAUUCAAAAAAGAAUUCCAGCACCGGUGACAUAAGAAUUUAUACUUUUUGGAAAUCAUUUCUAUGCUAAAAUAUUCUUUAGAGGCAACUGCCCAUUAUAUGUGUUAAACAGAAGUAUAAAUACAGCAUAAAAUCAAACCAAGGUUGAAUUACAGGUCCAAAAAGUGUUGGUUUAGAGGACAGCAGCCGCCUCACAAGGAGGGAUUGUACUGGAUGUGUCUACAAAAAUUAUCACAUUAUCAUGUGUAAUACUGGUGUACUUCAUGUACUGUAUGUAUUUGUACUGAUUGUAGGGCUUUCUAGAGAUAUUGGAGAGAUUUAAUCAUGAACACCUCAAGAGUGGAAACUAUUACUGCUCGACUAUUCAUCUCGGGUAUAAUAGAGCACUCACUUUAGAAGCAUUAGCCUUUUACAACAACUCAGAAUUAAUACAUUAAAACAUUUGCACAGUAAUUUAAGCUGGAUAGCACUGGAUAGGUCAGUUAGGGUGAAGAGUUCAGGUCAGGGAUGGCUCUGAUUUUGAUUUUGUGGCAGCGUUACUAUGAUUAUUCACACAUUUGAUGAAUAAAGCCAUAUAAUCUAAAAAUGGUCAGAAUGUGUCAAACAAAGCAUCCAUUUGUUCAUUCAUUUUAGAUUAAUAUAGAUAGAUACCUACUAUCUAUAUCUAGAAAAAAUACGAUCUUAUUGACAACUGGGUCUUCUAACAUUUGAUCCCAUUACUGCGGUAUAGGCCUAUUUGAGUUGAUUUGACUGAUAGGACUGUUUCAUUCUUAUUCAACUUAUCACUUUGAUUAAGUGUAUCUUAAGGCAAAAUGUGCUCAAAAUUUUAGUUUAGAAGACUUGUUUCAGUGGUAAUUAUAAAGAUACUUGCUUGAAAGGAUCUGCAAAGCUGGAAAUAAUAAAUAAAUUCCAACAUUUAAGGACAAAUAAUUUUCAGAGAAAUGCCAUGGGACUCACAUAGUAUUGUUCUUUAAAAGAUUGACCAAUGAUGCACACAUGAUGACAUGAUACUAUAUACAGCAAAUAUUGUAUUUAAUGAUGUGUGUAUUGCUUUUAACAUUAUGCUGACAUAUUCUACAGAAUCAUAGAAGACGUACGCAACAUGGAAACAAGAUCCAAACUAUUGCUCACUAACAACAAUUCAGUUUCACUAUAGCUUCACCUACAGUACAUGUAGCCUAUUACUGAAACAUGCUGCGUGCAUGGCUGUACUGUACUGUACAGCUGUGUGUUUAACAGGGUCUUAAUUGGACAGCAAUAGGAAGACCUGAUUUCUGUGAAACAUGUAUAUCUGCUCUGCACUGAUAUGCAGAAUGUCUGAGUCAAUUGACAGAAAUUAUUAUCUCCGAUAAUGUGCUUCAGCAGAUUGAGCCUUUUCAUGUGUAUCCCAGUCUUCUUGAGGAAAAUGUCUGGCAGUGUCUGAGUUUUUCAGCCAUUAUUUUCUUUUUGGACUCUCCAGGACCCCAAACAGCGGCUGUAUCUGAGAACAAAUGUUCACUAAGUUGCUCCCAUGUCCAACCCCAGGAGAUGUUACAGAACAUAUGGGGAAAGCAAGCAUAUAAAAGGGGGGACAGAUUCUUCUGAGACAUUUUUCUUUGGCUUGGGGAGAUGUAUAUACUGUACAUUUGUACAUAGUUAGUUUGUCUUUGUGUCCUGCUGGGUUAGGGACUAUAUAGUGGAGUUAUUUUUCUGCUUGGGUUCCCUAAACCCCUGACAUAAAAGGAGGUAUCAACAAAACACAAGGGUUUAAUCACAGUGCAUUCAAAAAGGAAGCAACCACAUUGUUCAAUCACUCUCUGUUGGCUUGCUACUUGUCUGCUGCAGCACUGAUAUUGAAGCAAUAAUAGGCAGCAGGCAAUGUCAGGAUGUGAUUAUUCUCCAACAACAGUUUCAGUCUGCGGACAUUUGUUCACUUGGGAGCUCACUUGCUGACCACUUCUAACAUACGCCGACUUGUCACAGUAGCUCAGCAUAUAGACAUAAAAUGGACAUCUGAAGACUUGAUGAUCAGGUUAUUGGUGUAAUCUUAACACCCUUAAGUGUUUAGCACAGCUUUUCAAGCAUGAUUGAACCCCUGAUGAAGAGGAAACGCAGGAUUCUGAAUCAAGAUGAAGAUCAUGGGGAAAAGCUGUCUGAAUGUGUCUUUGAUGGGUAUCUAAAGGACAAAAUGAGUUAUUAUAUUGGUAGGACCUACUUUUGCUAGAUUUUUAAUCAAUUUGCCAAAUAGAUUGAUCUCAUCAAAACUGUAUGUACUGUAUUGUUCAUUUUGAAAGUGUUCUCAAUGGGUUUCUGUAAAUAAAUUAUGGUUUUAGUGAA